UCAGCAAUGGAAAAGAUACCAGUCUUACCUGCCACAUAUGAAAGAGUUGUUUACAAAAAUCCAUCUGAACACCACUAUAUGAAAGUCCGCCUAGAAUUUCAAGAACGUGGGAUUGGACUGAAUGCUGCACAGUUCAAACAGUUGCUUAUUUCAGCUUUGAAAGACCUGUUUGGGGAGGUUGGUGCUGCCUUGCCCUUGGACAUCCUGACAUAUGAAGAGAAGACCUUGUUAGCCAUCUUGAGAAUAUGUAGCAGUGGUCUUGUCAAAUUGUGGAGUUCUUUGACCCUGUUAGGAUCCUAUCAAGGCAAAAAAUGUGCUUUCAGAGUGAUUCAGGUUUCUCCAUUUCUUCUUGCAUUAUCUGGUAAUAGUAGGGAACUAGUGUUGGACUGA